AUGUUAAAAUUGGUGCCUACAGGCCCCCAGUUCCUUGCGAUUCUGCGUACUUCUCGCCUCAGUGCGAUAUGGAUUUGCCCAGUGUCUGAGAGCAUUCUCGUAGCCGUCGCCUGGCCUUACGCCAACGGUCCCCUGCACCUUGGGCAUGUGGCCGGCUGCUACCUGUCCGCUGACAUCUUCGCUCGCUACCACCGCCUGAAGGGCAACCGGGUGCUGAUGGUCUCAGGCAGCGACACCCACGGCACUCCCAUCACCAUCCGGGCCGAUCAGGAGGGAGUUACGCCCGCCGAGGUCGUCGACCGCUAUCAUGCACUGUUCCUUGAAUCGUGGGAAAAGCUGGGGAUCUCCUUCGACCUGUUCACUCACACCAACACUGACAAUCACGAGGCCGUAACCCACGACAUUUUCAAAACGUUGUUCGACAAGGGCUACAUCUACACCGACAACACGCUGCUGGCGUACUGUGGUCAGUGCGUCCGCUUCCUUCCCGAUCGCUACGUCGAGGGCACCUGCCCCCACUGCGCGAAUACCCGCGCCCGGGGAGACCAGUGCGACGCCUGCGGGCGCACCCUGGACCCCCAGGAUCUCGUGGAGCCUCGCUGUGCCCUCAGCGGAGACACGCCGGAAUUUCGCGAGUCUGAGCAUUUCUUCUUGCGGCUUUCCGCUUUCCAGGAGCCGUUGCUGGAAUGGGUAAACAAGCAGUCCCACUGGCGUGCCAACGUCCUCAAUUUCACCCGCAGAUUUCUCGAGGACGGCCUGCACGACCGGGCUAUAUCCCGUGACCUGGACUGGGGAGUUUCCAUUCCGUUGGAAGGAUAUGAGUCCAAGAAAAUUUACGUGUGGUUCGAGGCGGUGAUCGGCUAUUUGUCGGCGGCAGUGGAGUGGGCCAAGAUUCAAGGAGAACCGGAUAGCUGGCAGGAUUUCUGGAAAGAUCCAAAGAGCCGCUCCUAUUACUUUAUCGGGAAGGACAAUAUACCUUUCCACAGCAUCAUUUGGCCGGCGAUGAUAAUGGCCUACGGAAACGAUCUGAAUCUGCCCUACGACGUGCCCGCAAAUGAGUUCCUGAGCCUGGAGAACCAGAAAUUCUCCACCAGCCAGAACUGGGCCGUCUGGGUGCCCGACUACCUUGAGCGCUACGACCCCGACCCGCUGCGGUAUCUGCUCUCGGUGAACAUGCCCGAGUCGGGGGACUCCGACUUCUCCUGGGGCGAAUUCGUCCGCCGGAAUAACGAAGAAUUGGUGGCGACUUACGGCAAUCUCGUCAACAGGGUACUGACCUUCGCUUACCGCAACUUCGACGGCCGCAUCCCCACGCCGGGCGUACUGGACGAGACCGAUCAGGCUAUGCUGGAGGCUGCCCGCGCGGCGAUGGCUGAGGUGGACGCGAGCCUCUACGGAUGCCGGUUCAAGGCGGCAAUAUCCCGAAUCUUCGCCCUGGCCCAGGAUGCCAACCGGUACCUGGACACCAAGGCCCCAUGGCGCAGCAUCAAGGAGGAUCGCGAGUCCGCUGCCACCAGUCUCUGGGUGUCCAUCGCAGUCAUCAGCUGCCUCAAGACACUCCUGCACCCCUUCAUGCCUUUCAGUUCCCAGCGCCUCCACGAAUACUUGGGACAGGAUGGCCGGGUCGAGGAUGGCAGUUGGGAUUUCGACGCUGCCGUCGCCGCAGUGGCAGGCGGACGAGAAAUGCGCCGUCCUGCUCCUCUGUAUAGUAAGCUUGAGCCAGAGGUUAUUGAUCAGGAAGUCGCCCUCUUGGGCGUUUCUGCCAGUUAG